ACGGAGGACCCAUCGCCCGCCAGCCACCCUUCGUUUCACUUUAGGAUGCCAAGGAGAUUAAACACAUUCUGACCUGGCCAGAGCUCAAUGGGACGUUUAUUUAUUUGCUACACAGCUUAAUUACGCGCAUUUCUAGGCGGUGGGCAUACCGUACAAACACCCGGCCCGUGUCUCCUCCUUUCGCCGGGCGGGGUCUCUGCAGCGGCCGCGCCGCCCCCUCGGGGCGCUGAGGUCCCGCCUCGGAGCGCCGCUGCGUAAAAGCGCACGAGUGGCGCGCCCGGCUUAGCGAGCGGCCAUGGACGGAGAGGCCGGCGAGCGGGCAGCGGGUCUGGGCCGCGGCGUGGUCAUCGUGACGGGCGCCUCGCGAGGCUUCGGCCGGAGCUUGGCGCGCCUGCUGGCCCCGCGCCUGGCGCCCGGCUCGGCGCUGCUGCUGGUGGCGCGCUCUGCGGCCGCGCUGGAGCAGCUGGAGGGCGAGCUGCGCGCCGCCUGCCCGACGCUCCGCGUGCGCGGCCUGCCUGCCAACCUGGCCUCGGAUGACGGGCUGCAGCGCGUGGUGCACGCCGCCCGGGAGCUCCGCGGGGACGGGCCGAUGGAGCGGCUGCUGCUCGUCAACAACGCCGCUUCUCUAGGCGAUGUUUCCAAAUCCUUCUUGGACUUCACCAGCCCUGGCGAAGUCAACGCCUACCUGGCCUUCAACAUCACCUCUGCGCUGUGCCUCACCUCCUCCCUCCUGAAGGCCUUCCCUGCUCAGCCUGGCUUGUGCCGAACGGUGGUCAAUGUCUCCUCGCUCUGCGCUCUGAAACCCUUCCAGAGCUGGACCCUCUACUGCACUGGGAAAGCUGCCCGGGACAUGAUGUUCCAGGUCCUAGCAGCAGAAGAGCUGGGUGUCAGGGUGCUCAGCUAUGCGCCAGGUCCCCUGGACACGGAUAUGCAGGAAGAGGCUCGCACCAGAUCGGGAAACCUGGAGCUGCGGAAGAGGUUCCUGCACAUGAAGGAACACGGGCAGCUGCUGGAUUGCGACAUCUCCUCCCAGAAGCUGUUGGAUCUUCUUCUCGCAAACACCUUUGAAUCGGGGGCUCAUGUUGACUUCUACGAUAUCUGAAAAAAGAGUGUCAACCUUUCUUCUUCUCCUCCUCCUCCUGGCACCACCUUGGCUUUUGCUGCUCUGUACAGAGACGCCUCUGUAGGACUUGUGUUCUGCUUUCUCUCUUGGCGCAGCGGCCACGGCCUGCCACUCAGAGCCUUGCCUAUUGUGGAAGCACCGGCCAAGUUCUGAGCCUGGGCUGUGUGGAAGGAGAGGAGGGAUCCCAGCUCAGGAAGAGGGGAGGAUGGGAGGAACACCUGGGAAGAGUUUGCGCUUCACAAACAGGGAGGUAGGGAUGGGAAGGUUUCCCUGUGACCUUGGUGUCGCAAGCGUCAGGGAACAUAGUCCUUCCCCAAGGUCACCAGUUGGGCUGUGAUCUGGAAGGAAAGAAAGUCUAGCUGAGGAAAUGGUUCUGCAGCUUGGGCGAGCGCCGAGGGUUGCAAUGAAAGGCACUCAUUCUGCGCAGGGCUGCUCUUGGGCUGCACUCUUGUUUCUAUUUCCUGCUCUUUAGGGAUGUCUCUGGUCAGUCGACUUGAGCCAUUCCGUGAGCUUCCCACUGCCCAGGCCAUCUGCUGGGGUUCUGCCACCUUUGCAGAGAAGUAGCAGCGUGGGGUCGUGUAGGAUUCCUCCUUGGAAGCGGAAGCCCAUUUGUGGUCCUCCUGAGACCUUUCUGAUGAAAGGUUGAGACCGUUGUGAGAUGGACGAAGCCAAGCCCUGCUGGAUGAGGCCAAAGGGGACCCACCUGCUCUCAGAGAUGUGUAACACCCCUCUCCCUACUAGUGGUUCCCAGGAGUGGGUCCUUGGAAGCAUGGCUGCCGCUGACCGUGGAGACGGAGCGUGGCCACUGCAGCCUUGCAGGGGAAUGAAGCAUGGGGGGCUUUGGUAGAAAAAAGCAAGUGGGGGUGGUGGUGCUGCCUAGUGGUGGCUCUCCUGGGCCCAACAAGGAAGGGGGCCUCAGUUACAAGGAUAAAGGCAUGGCCAGCUCAGUGGGGAGAUAGCAAGCUGGCUUCUCUGGGACUUUUCUACAUGGCUUGUGUAGAAGUAGUGGUAAUAAUAAUAAUUUUAUUAUUUAUACCCUACCCAUCUGACUCGGCUUCCCCAGCCACUCUGGGCGACUCAUGGCAUAUAUCAGAACAUACUAAAACAUCAAACAUUAAAAUCUUCCCGAUACAGGGCGGCCUUCAGCUGUCUUCUAGAAGUCAGAUACUUGUUUAUAUCCUUGCGCUCUGAAGGGAGGGUGUUCCACAGGGAGGGCGCAUGCGUAGAAGAGCAUUGGCUCCUGUAGAUCCCAGGGGCAGCUUGUCCACAUUACUGAGAGAACGACCUGUGCGGCAUGGGCGACGAUGGCGUUUGACCCCACACGACUUCGUUUUGCAUUCAGCAUUCAUUGGUUCAGUAUUGCUACCGAUUUCACGCAUGCUUCAGCCAGCCCGAAAUGCUUAUUUGGCCUUUUCCUGAGAAAGAUGUUGCAUUUCUGGCUCACCACGUUAGCCGUGCAAAUUAGCUGUUUAAUGCUUUAAGAGGGAUGCCUGUCUGUGUUUGCUGGUCAAAGAGUUCUUUGACUAGCAAACACAGUCAGAUAGUUGUUUAUGCCAAGGAAAUAAGCAGUCGUCACUACCUUUCUUACUCUGCCUUGUAGUCACGAGUAACCGAAAAGGGCCUCCCUUGCCUCAGAGAGAGCGGUCAGGACAGAAGCCACAUGUCCAGAGCAGUGCCGGACGUUAAGGUUCAUUGUCACAGGUGAGACUCUUCUGAGCUCAGUCGGUUGGCAAGAUACUACUAGCUGUCAAGAUAGAUGCUACAUUUUCUAAAUGUCUUUCUGUCUUCUUGGUCAUGUAACACAGUCAUUCCUUCUAUCUUCUCAUCCCAUCUUCCUUAAUAAAAUCAUCACUUGGCUUACUAUAAACUGGUGUGUUGAAAUUGUGGCGGGUUGUCUACUUAUUGACUUUGCCAUGUAGGCAAUAACUUAACUCAGGGUUUCCCAAACUUGGCUCUCCAGCUGUUUUUGAACUACAGUUCCCAUCAGCCCUGACCACUGGCCCUGCUAGCUAGGGAUGAUAGAAAUUGUAGUCCAAAAAGAGCUGGAGACCCUGGGAAGCCCUGUCGUAAGAAGAGUCCUGCAGUUGUAUGAGGCCAAAGGAGGCCCAUCUCGUCCACAGCAGCCAACAGAAGUCCUUUUUGAGCUCUUCCCGUUCUCUCUCUGUUUUAAUGACCCUCAAUAAUUUAGUACCAUCAGCAAGCUUGCUUCUUCCUAACUUCAGAUCAUAAGAACAUGACCUACCUUGCCAAUGGCUUGUCUAGCCGAGCGGCCAGCUAGGUGCCCCGAAAGGAAGACCCCAAGCAGGCCCUGGGUGCAACAGCAGCAAUGUUCUCCCCAACUGCAGCUCCAACUCGGCUGUCUUUCAGCUAGGCCAGCAGCAGAGGGGCCAAGAAGACUUCUGGUCUGCCGCCAUUGGUGACUGGCGAGAGAAUCCCGAGCUCCGGGAUUCCCUAGCAUUGCGAGGGAGGGGGGAGCUGUGAGAGCGACGCGGACCCCCCAAAGAGCCCCAGAUCGAGCGUUCUGGGGACUUGGCUGCACCGUUUUCGGUCUCCUCCGCCCCCGGUAGCCCUAAUAAGGGCACUGAGAGCAAGCGGAGUGGAGACGGGGUGCCUCGAGUUAAAUUGCUACCCUCGCAUCGCGAAGCUCCAUGCCAGCAGCCUGGAGCGGUGGAUUCGUCUAAAUUAGUUGGAAAAAGACUUUGAAACAAUUUUUAAUUAGAUACGGGAGGAGAUUUUAAGAGGAAGUCGAUCUCCCCCAUUGAGUGUAUCGAGAUGCAGUUAAUUUGCCUGAAACUGGAAAGACUGACAGGAAGCAUUUAAUUAUCAAAAAUUGGAGCUAAAACCUUCCCCCUAAGGCAGGGUAAAGGGGAGAAGGAUUGAAUUUAGCAAAAUCCCUGUAAAGAUCUUUAUUUUGGAUUGGGGAAACUCCCCCUGAAAGCUGGAGUUGGGUCCUUGGAGGGAUCAGCGAGCCGCCAUUAUGACAUCAUAACAGAAAGGUAUCUGUCUGCCUCUUUGAGGCUGGAAACUGUCAGCAGUGAAGAGAGCACAAAACAUAAGGCUGUGUACAUGAAGUUGGACAAUGCUCUCUUCAUAAAUGGACACAAGAUUUUUAAGAUAUGAAGAAUUAAAAAUGAGAGUUUGUAACCAGAUCAGACAUGACUUUUGUUUUUGAACUUUGGAAAUAAGAACUAUGCCAUUUCCUCUCUACUGUUAGUAAUCUCUGCUUUCUCAGAUAAUUUGAGACGAACAGGAUGUCAGUAGACACAACAUCAUCUGACUUGGACUUUGAAAAAGAACUUCUGGAACUUAUUGAAGACUUAAGAUGUGACGUGUAUCAGAACACAAUACAAGAUUCCAAGAGCUUUUAAAGAAGAACCAGUUGGAAUAAUGCCCUCCCAGUGAGAGAGGGAGGGCAGAAUCCAUACUGGGUCCAGAGUUUAAGGGAAAGGAAAAUUGUGAAAGGGCUAAAAAGUGGAAAAGCAGUUGGAUGGUGUUUUGUAACAUUUAAAGAAUUGGAGUGGCACC